AUGGAUAGAAAGUUGAAAACUGAUCAUCUGGGAAGUUUAGUACUAGCUGCAUGCAGAAAAUUUAGCAAGGAAAAGAAGUACAAGCUGAGGGGAAGAUCAAGGAAAAGAAGAAGGAGAAGAAAGAAGCAAUAUGGCAGCCAACAGCACCACCAUUCCUCUUCUCAUUCCCUAUAAAAUGGGAAACUUUAACCUUUCUCACAGGGUGGUUUUAGCACCAUUGACAAGGAAUAGAUCAUACAACAAUGUUCCCCAACCACAUGCCAUCUUGUAUUACUCCCAACGUACAACCAAUGGUGGAUUUCUCAUUGCUGAAGCAACUGGGGUUUCCAAUACUGCACAAGGUUACCCAGACACGCCUGGAAUUUGGACAAAAGAGCAAGUGGAAGCAUGGAAACCAAUUGUGGAAGCUGUUCAUGAGAAAGGAGGCAUCUUCUUUUGUCAAGUUUGGCAUGUAGGUCGAGCCUCUAGCUAUGCUUUCCAGCCUGAUGGUCAAGCUCCAAUCUCAUGUACUGAUAAAGGGGUGACACCAGGCCUUGAUGGGAUGGAUUGGUCACCUCCUCGUCGGCUCAGAACCGAUGAAGUCCCUGGUAUUGUCAAUGACUUCAGGCUGGCUGCACGAAACGCCAUUGAAGCUGGAUUUGAUGGGGUUGAGAUACAUGGUGCAAAUGGUUACUUGCUUGAUCAGUUCAUGAAAGACCAAGUAAAUGACAGAACAGAUGAAUACGGAGGAAGCUUAAAAAAAAGGUGCCGUUGUCCCCUGGAUAUAGUCGAAGCUGUGGUGACUGAAGUAGGAGCAGACAGGGUUGGAAUGAGACUAUCACCAUUUGCCAGUUACAUGGAGGCUGCUGACUCAAACCCUGAAGCAUUGGGCCUUUACAUGGCCAAUGCAGUUAACGAGUUGGGCAUCCUUUAUCUCCAUGUCAUCGAGCCACGGAUGAUCAAAAUAAAUGACAAGUAUGAAACUCCUCACAGCCUCCUACCAAUGAGGAAAGCCUUCAAGGGGACUUUCAUUGCUGCUGGAGGGUACAAUAGAGAAGAUGGUAACAAGGCUGUUGCUGAUAAUUACUCGGAUUUGGUUGCCUUCGGACGGUUGUUCUUGGCUAAUCCGGAUUUGCCAAGGCGAUUCGAGCUGAAUGCUCCUCUUAAUAAGUACAAUCGCAACACUUUCUACAUCCCAGAUCCGGUCAUUGGCUACACCGAUUACCCAUUCCUUGAACAUUCUUCUUAACCCAAAAAUCAUCAACGAAAGGUUACAGUGUCUACUCUAAUAUCAUGUUAUUAUAUUUAAGUUUUCAAAAUAGUUUGGAUUCAACUGAUUUGGGAUGUCUCUCUAUCUCUAGUAUAAGUUUAUUAAUUGAAAUUGUUGCAAAGACGGAUAAUUUAUCCAAUAAUAGGAUUGUUAUUUUUUUU